UUAAGCCCCUAAGUGGGCCUUAUGGCCCAUCAACACCGUAACGGCGUCUAAAACACAAAGCCAGAGCUUUGGAGGAGCAGAGGAGAUCAUAGCGAAAAAUUCCCAAUGAACCAGGAAGAAGAAGUUGACGAACCCGGGUCUUGCCCUUCACAACAAGACUCGAACCCAUGUCCAAUCUGCCUCGGGCCCUUGGUUCAGGAAUCCUAUCUCGAUACGUGUUUCCAUAAGUUCUGUUACAAUUGUAUUCUACAUUGGAGUAGGGUGGUUGCUAGCAAGCGGUCUCGCCCAUCUGCCUCUGUAAAAUGUCCUCUAUGCAAGACAGAGAACUUUUCAAUAAUCAGUGGGUUUGAUGGAACUUGUUUUCAACGGCAUUAUAUAAAUCAAGAUUUGGGGGAUAGAUUUACCUUUUCAAAACAACACAAGUAUAGAUUGCAAUGCUAUUACAAUGAACCAGGUAUCUUAAAUGACAUAUUUAAUGUAUUGCGGUUUUGGAAAACUCGGAAGUAUCUUCAGUCAAAUAUGUGGCUCCAAAGUUGGUUGAGAAGGGAACUUCAAGCUUUAAUGCAGGAGGAAGAUGUUGAUAUUGUUGUGCAUCACAUACAUGGUGUGAUUGAUUCAUUCUUGAGAAGAAUUGAACAGUCACGUCUAUUAAAGAAACCUACUGAAGCAACACAAGACGACUUCAGGAUUGCUGUCUCUGAUGCAGCAAAGCCAUUUCUACUAGCAAGAACAGAUCGGUUUGUGAAUGAGCUAGAAUUAUUUCUUGCUUCAGGGUUGAACAUUGAAGCCUAUGAUGCAGUUUACAUGCAACGCUUGGGUUGGAAUGCUCCGGGAGGAAGCAUUAGCAGUAAGCCUGCAGAAGAAUCUAGUCAACAUUUAGGAAUAGUACCAUACCUGUAUAUCUUUGAUGUGGAUUCUGAUAAAGAUGAAUGAAAUUUCCAUUUGUAACGUAAAUAGAUUUUGAAAUGUUUUCUACUCAGGUAAUAUCCGUGUACAUACAUGGCAGAAAGCUUAGAGUACAGAGCUUUCAUGGGGAAAUUUACUCUCCAUCCAAGCACGUCACCUCACGGUCAUCACCAACUUCCCUUGAGUAGCCUAACCUUUGUUUCAAAG